UCUCUCCACCUCAGUCUACACAGCAUCACUCAAUCUCUCACUCACAGCAUCAAAGUGAUCCCAAUCAUCGAGCUCUCUAGCUAAUCGAGCCUCGACGAGAAGAAAGAACAAGGAGAUAAUGGCGGCCGCAGCGAAGGCGUCGUGGAUGGUGGCCAUGAGCGUGGGCGCCGUGGAAGCGCUCAAGGACCAGGCGGGCCUCUGCCGCUGGAACUACGCGCUGCGCUCCGUCCACCGGGCCGCCAAGGCCAACGCUCCCAGCUUCGCGCAGGCCAAGAAGCUGGCCCCGGCGGCGGAGAGGAGGCGGGCGGACAAGGCCGAGGAGGGGAUGAGGACCGUCAUGUUCCUCAGCUGCUGGGGACCUAAUUAGUUAGUCAUGGGUCUCUUUUCUUUUCUUUUUCCCCAUCUUCAGUGACUGAGCUUGGCUUGAGAUCAUUGCCGGUUGCUUCCCUUGAUCCCUUCCCUGAUUUGUAAAUAUCCGAUGAUGAUGAUGAUGAUGAUGAUGAAAAGUUCUCUCACUCGGUUUCAGUACAUGAAUGCCUAUCCUACUGUACUGGAAUGGGAAAUAAAAUUGCUCCAGUUUAUAACAA